UCCGCUGUGAGGUGAAAAGGUCGGGUCGUCUCGAUGAGGUAACAACAAACAUGGCGGCGCUCGGUACGGCGCGGUGCCUGUUUCGGGGCUACCCUCGGGUGAAACAUGUGCAGAAAAGCAAACAAAUGUUGAUCAGAUGCAGCGUAAGGACGCUGUGUAGUGGAACACAAGACAACGCCCCCUCGGACAAUGCGAAGCCCCAGUUCACAGAUCCGGCUGUGCAGGACAUCCUUACCAGGAUAACAGGCCUGGACCUGCAGAAAGUGUUCCGACCCAUUCAACAGGAGCUGAAGCCGCCCACAUAUAAACUCAUGACGGAUGAACAACUGGAGCAGGCGGUGGAGUUAGCCACAGAGCAGGCUAAGAGGCUGCUGCAGAUGCCCCCCUUCCUGCCGGAGAGGAAGCCCAUCAGCGAUGUGCUGUCCGAGGAUAAGAUCCUGGAUGGCAUGGACACAGCCAAAUACGUCUUCGCAGACAUCACCUACAACAUCCCCCACAGGGAGAGGUUCAUUGUUGUCCGGGAGCCUAACGGGACUCUUAGGAAGGCGACCUGGGAGGAGAGAGACCGGCUCAUUCAGGUUUACUUUCCCAAGAAUGGACGCAAGCUUGUAGCACCGCUCAUCUUCAAGGAGGAGAACCUCAAGAUGGUGUUUUCCCAGGACCGGCAUGAGGAUGUGUUGGACCUGUGUCUGGUCCAAUUUGAACCAGACUCUUCAGAAUACAUCAGGGUACAUGCGGCCACCUAUGAGGACGUGGACAAGCACGGCAAAUACGAGCUGCUGCGCUCCACCAGACACUUUGGGGGCAUGGCUUGGUAUCUGGUCAACGCUCGCAGGGUAGACGGGCUUAUAGUGGACAUGCUGAAGAGAGAGCUGUUCCACGAUGCUGUGAGCCUAGUGUGUCUAUUCCACAUGGUCCACCCCCACAGUGAGUCAGCCCAGGAAGCAGCCAGCCAGCAGGCCACUGGCACCGACCUGCUUAAGCUCUAUGCCCAGAAGGAGUCCCAGAGGUCGGGCUACAUUGAGCUGGCCCUGCAGGCAUAUGAACAGACGGUUGCUAAAGGCUCUGCCGCCUGACAGACUCGCUCUUAUAUAGAAAUAUACAAAUUCAUCCACGACGAGGACCCAGUAACCAUUUCCUGAAGGACAUUUAAAAUUGCCCAAAAUAUUUAAGAUAUGAUAGCAUUUAUUGUUCUUUCACCGUUUGGGUCGAAGAGUAAUAUAUGCUUCUUGACCAAGAGGAAGGCUAUACACUUCACAGCCAUCGAUUUGAAGAACUAGCUUUGAAAAAUCUUGUACAGUGCACAAAGUUUGUCAUUUAUUCAUGUAGAGAAAAUGAUCUGAGCUCCGAGUCAAACCUGAAGUGUCAAGUUAAAUGAUGUACGUAACAAAAUAAAGCAAGAUCUUUGUA